UCCGGGUUUUCUCUCCCAUCAUCGUCCCCAUUGCAAGUCCGGAAGCAAAAAAUUCGACGACAAGAACCGAAAGUGACUCCGUCCCAAAACAUGGAUUCCAAGUGUUUAUUUUUGCUUUAAUAGUCGAUGGAAGGUGUCGGCACGAUGUCGAACACUGUGAGGAGCGGAGACCUGAUCCACUUGAACGUGGGCGGGAAAAGGUUCAGCACUUCCCGCCAGACGCUCACGUGGGUUCCGGACUCCUUUUUCUCCAGUCUCCUGAGCGGGCGCAUCUCCACCUUGAAGGACGAAACGGGAGCCGUCUUCAUCGACAGAGAUCCUUCCCUGUUUGCACCCAUCCUCAACUUCCUGCGGACCAAAGAGCUGCACCCGCGCUCCUUGGGCGUGCACAUGCUCAUGCGCGAGGCCGAGUUCUACGGGAUCACGCCUCUCGUGUGCAAGCUGCAGCUGUGCGACGAGUUGGACCGCUCCUCCUGCGGGAACGUCCUCUUCAACGGCUAUCUGCCUCCGCCGGCGCACCCGGCCAAGCGGCGCAAUCGGCACAGCGUGGCCGGCUCCCAGUUGACGGCGGGUCGGCCCGUUUCCGGCCAGAGGGCCCCGGUGCGACGCAGCAACACCAUGCCGCCCAAUCUGGGGAACUCUGGCAUGCUGACCAGGGCGGAGGAGAGGGUGUCGUCAGCAGGUCCGUCAUCCGAUCCCAGCUUGGUUCGGAUCAUCUGCGGCCAUCACAACUGGAUCGCUGUGGCCUACUCUCACUUUGUGGCCUGUCACAGGGUGAAGGAGUCCACCGGGUGGCAGCAGGUCUUCACCUCUCCUCGUCUGGACUGGCUGAUUGACCGGGUGGCGCUCAACGCCAAGGUGAUGGGCGGCUCCCUGGGGGACAACGACAAGAUGGUGGCCGUGGCCUCGGGAACGGACAUCAUCCUCUGGUCCAUCUGCCCGGACGGCAACGGCAACGAGAUCGGCGUGUUCAGCCUCAGCGUGCCGGUGGAGGCGCUCUUCUUCGUCGGUAACCAGCUGACCGCCACCAGUCACACCGGGAAGGUCGGCGUGUGGAACGCCGUCACCAAACACUGGCAGAACCAGGAUGUCGUUCCCAUCAGCAGCUACACCACGGCCGGAUCCUUCCUCAUCCUGGGCUGCAACAACGGCUCCAUCUACUACAUCGAUGUUCAGAAGUUUCCUCUGAGGAUGAAGGACAACGACCUACUGGUGACAGAACUUUAUCGAGACGCCACCGAGGAUGCCAUCACAGCAGUCAGCGUUUACCUCACACCCAAAACCAGCGACAGCGGCAACUGGAUCGAGAUCGCCUACGGGACCAGCUCCGGAGCGGUGCGCGUGAUCGUGCAGCACCCCGAGACGGUGGGCUCGGGCCCGCAGCUCUUCCAGACAUUCUCGGUCCACCGCAGCCCCGUCACCAAGAUCAUGCUGUCUGAGAAGCACCUCAUCUCAGUUUGCGCCGACAACAACCACGUUCGCACCUGGACCGUGACCCGCUUCCGCGGGAUGAUCUCCACCCAGCCGGGAUCCACGCCGCUCGCCUCCUUCAAGAUCCUCAGUCUGGAUGAAGUGGACGGGCAGGGAGGCUGCAGCGCCGGCACGGAAAUAGGGCCAUACGGCGAGAGAGACGACCAGCAGGUCUUCAUCCAGAGAGUGGUCCCGGACACCGACAAACUCUACGUCAGACUCUCGUCCAACGGGAAGAGGGUGUGCGAGGUGCGCUCAGUGGACGGCACCUCCAUCACGGCGUUUGUGGUGCACGAGUGCGAGGGUUCCAGUCGCAUCGGCUCGCGUCCCCGCCGCUACCUGUUCAGCGGCCACGCCAACGGAAGCAUCCAGAUGUGGGACCUCACCACCGCCAUGGACAUCGCCGGCAAGGUGGACAUCCGAGCGCUGGCUGGACCGACGGAGGAGGAGCUGCUGGAGCUCUUGGACCAGUGUGACCUUGCUCUCACCAGAACUCCGGACAGCACACCCAGAACCUCCACGUGCAGCCUCUCUUCAGGUUUAUGCGAAGGCCUCCGAGCGGAUCGAACUUGUUCUUCUGGAGGAAGAGGCGGCGGCGGCGGCGGCAGCUCUUCUCUCUGCACUAGUCUCCCCGACCAAGGUCCGCCCCGCACCAACCCGGCCAAGUCCUCCCGAGAUCCGGUCCCAUCCUCGGGGCCGCCCUCCCUGGCCUUCGCCUUCCCCCCCUACGGACCCCAGCGCCUCCGCGGCUCCAGCCCGCGUCCCCGCUGGCCGGCGGACUGCGGCUGGGCCCCCGGGGGCGCUCCGCUUGAGGGCGAGUGCGGCUGGUCACGCAGGGGCAGUUUUGUGGAGCGCUGCCAAGAGCUGGCCAAGGGCUCCGAGGCAGCGGGGGGGGCCGAAGGCACGAGGCGGAGUCUGGCCGCGUGCGGUGAGCUGGAAUCCCGCUUUUGCCCCAGGACGCCGGCCCUGCGCCACCCCCACGCCGGUGCAUCUUCAUCCCUAACGCCGUCACCCGCGCCAUCGCCACGCGGGGCGGCCUCACCCACGUCCCCCACCGGCCCGCCCGCUACCUCCCCGACACGCUCGCAGACGCCCUCCUCGGGGCGCCGCGGCACCAACCCCGCUGCUUCCCCCUCGUCGGAUGUCGCCGCGUCACCCGAAGGUCCGCCCGGCACGGCCUCCCCAACCGGCACGGCCGCCCCGGCAACCUGCCCCAAACCGCACAUGAACGAGACCAGCUUCUGACAGCCGCUGUGACUAGCAGGAGCAGUGACGUGCAGGUGCACACACACACACACCCCCGCAGCCACACACAUAACCUUUAGCCCAAAAUAUUUGACCAGCUUCUCAGAAGUAGCCACAGGUUGCCGUGGUUACCCUGUCAAGGAGCCAGCACAAAAAGAAAACUAUCGCCAAUGCUGCCUGUCACGCAAAUCCGAUUCAUUUCUUUUUUUGGGUCGGCUGCUUGCAUCGCGUAAGGCUAAUGAGAAGCGUGGAGUGUUUCUUGUUGGGACGCUAGAAAGUGGGUGGCGUUCAGGGGCGGGAAUCAAUGUUGAGCUUUGCUAUCUUCAAGUGCCCAAAUAACGUCUGUUCUAUUUGUCACGUUUAUCAUUUUGUUCAUAGCAUCAUUUGUUUUCUUUCUGUGGUUCGUAAUAAGAAAAUGAAUUCAUUCAUUAAAAAAAUCAAACAAAAGGAA